UUCUUAUUCUCAGUCGUAGACGGGAGAGGAAAGCAUCACGUACUACUCUUCCUCUUCUUCUUCUUCUUCUUCUUCUUCUUCGUUCCUUUGUCUCAACAUCCUACUGUUGCAAAGAUCCAAAAGCAAUUAAUAGAUCUCUCCUCCUCCUCUUCUUCUUUCUAUCCCUUGCUUGCUCUCUGGAAAUGGCCUCCUGCAAAGCAUGGCACCUCUUCCUAUUCUGCUGUCUUCUCCAACCGUUUCGAUCUUCAGCUUCUCUCUACAACUGGAGUUCUUCGGCGACGCACGGAUCUCCGCUCCCCGGGAUCGAAUUGCCUACCCACUUGAGCUUCAACGCCGUCACCUCCGCCGGGGAGUCCGGCUGUGACGACCACCUUGACGCGGCCGGCGGAUCGCCCAACAAAGAUGAGCAAGGAUUAUUGUACGAUAACAUGGAUCAGGGAGGGGUGGAAGACAACGCAAGCGCCAAGGAUGGGGCGGCGCCGGCCUUGAGGCUCCACCUCAAGCACCGGUCUACAAGGGAUGGGGCGGCGCCGAACAGGACCAAGAAGGAAUCCUUGGAGCACUCCGCCAAUAAAGACGCCCUUAGAAUCGGGACCCUCUUCCGGCGGAUCACCGAACGGAAGAACCAAAACGCCAUCUCCCGCCUCGCCGCCGAUGCUGAUCACCGCGCGGUCGUCGCCGAGAUGGGACGAAAGACGGCAAUCGCGACGCACCCGAAACAGGGCGGGCAGCUGAUGGCCAUGGUCGAGUCCGGAGUCACCCUGGGAUCCGGCGAGUACUUCAUCGACGUCUUCGUCGGUACGCCGCCGCGCCACUUUCCCCUCAUCCUCGACACCGGAAGCGACUUGAAUUGGAUCCAGUGCCUCCCCUGCCACGACUGCUUCGAGCAGCACGGCCCGGUCUACGACCCCGCCGCCUCCUCUUCCUACCGCAACGUCAGCUGCGCCGACCCCCGCUGCGGCCUCGUCUCGUCGCCCGACCCGCCCCAGCCCUGUCGCUCCGCCGCCGCUAAUGGCGGCCGUGACCAACCCUGCCCCUACUUCUACUGGUACGGCGACAGCUCCAACACCACCGGAGACCUCGCGCUCGAGACCUUCACCAUGAACCUCACGGCCCCGGACGGCGCCGGCGCCGAGUUCCGCCGCGUGGACGACGUCAUCUUCGGGUGCGGCCACUGGAACCGCGGGCUCUUCCACGGAGCGGCCGGCCUCCUGGGCCUCGGCCGGGGACCGCUCUCCUUCUCCUCCCAACUCCGCUCGCUCUACGGCGACACCUUCUCCUACUGCCUCGUCGACCGCAACAGCGACCUCAGCGUCAGCAGCAAGCUCAUCUUCGGCGAGGACCCGAGCUUGCUCGGCCGCCCGGGCUUGAACUACACCUCCUUCGUCACCGGGAAGGAGAACCUCGUUGACACCUUCUACUACGUCCAGAUUAAAGCAAUCCUCGUCGGCGGCGAGGCACUGCAGAUACCACCGGCGACAUGGGAGCUGGCGAAGGACGGCAGCGGCGGGACCAUCAUCGAUUCCGGCACCAUACUGAGCUACGUCGCCGACCCGGCGUAUCAGAAGAUUAGAGAAGCCAUCGUCAAGAGGGUAAAGUACCCGAUGGUGGCAGACUUCCCGGUGCUGAAUCCUUGCUACAAUGUAUCCGGAGUACCCAAGGUGGAGCUGCCGGAAUUCGCGAUCUUGUUCGGAGACGGCGCGAUGUGGAACUUCCCGAAGGAGAACUACUUCAUCCGGCUGGAUCCGGAGGACAUCAUGUGCCUCGCCAUCCUGCCGACGCCGCAGCGGGGGAUCUCCAUCCUGGGCAAUAACCAGCAGCAGAACUUCCACAUCACGUACGACUUGAAGAAUUCCCGGCUGGGAUUCGCGCCGGCGAGGUGCGCCGAGUUGUAGAGAGAGAACUCAGAUCACAUAGUCUUGGAGUAGACAUUUUGUCGGAAGGUAGACACGAAAGUGUUGGCUCCAAGAAGAGCUGAAGAGCUCAAUAGACCAACAACCGAUUCAUUUCUUCUUUCCUAAUCCCAUCUUCUUUUUCUUCUUCUUACAUACACACAUACAUACUUUUGGUCUGUAAGAAUAAGUCUGCAAUUAGCUCGCCAUAAAGUUAAGAAAGGAAAUCCAAAGCUCUGUUGUUCUUUUG